AUGAGGGGCUACAAGGCAACCAUAGUGACCCUCUGUUUGGGAAGCUUGCUUUCGAUUUCCUUCUGGUACAUGCAAGAUGACAGUACACUGGGACUCUACAGAGCGCCACGGAUGAAGAGACAACCUCUGAAGUCCUCCCAGAUAUGCGAAGGCUGCCAACCCAUCAUACAGGAUGUAGUGAGGCGGUAUAACCAAACAUGGAGGAAGGAACCAGACACUUUCAAGGAGUUCAAACAGGAGCUGCAUGCCAAGUGCAACGGCUUUGACGACGCCAUCAUCACCCAGGCCAACACGCCGCUGGGAAAACAGAUUAAGUUCGACGGAUCCCUAAAAACAUUGUUGGUGCUGCCAACGCUUUUCAACCUGUUUCCAGAGGGCCAUCCUUUUGGAAAUAAAACGUGGAAUAAGUGCUCCGUGGUUGGAAAUGGAGGCAUCCUCGCAGACAGCAAUUGUGGGCAAAAAAUUGACUCUGCAGACUAUGUUAUCAGGUGCAAUUUACCUCCAAUAAAAGAUGAAUAUCGGAGCGACGUGGGCACCAAGACUGACAUUGUUACAGCCAAUCCAAGCAUCAUCCUGAGGAUGUAUAACUCUCUCAUGGAGAGUCGCCUGCCUUUUGUUGAGAAGCUUCAGAGCUACGGAAGCGCCAAGAUCCUUCUACCUGCGUUUUCCUACCGUGCGAACACCGGCUUGUCCUUAAGGGCAGUGCACACCUUGAAAGACUUCAACAGCAAAGCGCGGCCGGUGUUCUUCAACCCCAUGUACCUCAAGAAACUGAGCGAGUUCUGGCUCUCCAAGGGGAUCAAAGCGCAGCGGCUCAGCACCGGUUUAAUGAUGGUCAGUCUGGCGUUGGAACUCUGUCAGAAUGUGAACGUGUACGGGUUCUGGCCUUUUAACAGUCACCCUUUUAAAUCAUAUAAAGUGACAAAUCACUAUUACGAUGACAACUGGCCUCGAGCCGGGUCACACGAAAUGCCCGAUGAGUUUGAGCAGUUGUUGCGCCUCCAUAGUGAGGGGGUUCUUAAACUUCACCUUGGGACUUGUGAUGCUUAG